AUGCAGCCCUCUCACCUCCUCCUCUUGCUCUUUCUCCUGAUCCUCCUCCCUGGGAUGUGGGCAGACCCAGAGGCACAGCCACAGGUUAUCCAGUACCUCCUGACUGGCCUCUUUGCCAACAUCAGCUCUGCUGAGGUGUCAUGCUUGGGACUCGUAGGGGACAUACCCAUCUUUACACUGGAUCCUGCCAACUGGAGCAUCCACUUCCACUGGCCCUGGGCCAGGCAGGCUGCAGCUGAGGUUGAUGGGGAAAAGAUGUUGUCCCAGUACAAAAUCGUUCUGCGCAAUAUGAUCCAAUUUGUGCAUGACACAGUUCAGCAGACAAAAGAGCACUACCCAUUGGUGGUCCAGUUCCGUGCAGGCUGUGUGCUGUACCCCAAUAUGACAAGCUGGGGCUUCCUGAAUGUCAGCUGGGAUGGCAGAGACCUCGUAGCUUUUGAGGUAGAUAAAGAGCGCUGGGAGACCCAGCAGACAUCCCAGGUGGCAGAGGUGGUCAACAAGAGCCUGAACAGACAGAAAUCCGUCACAGUGCUCCUAGAGUACCUUCUCUCCACCUGGAUAUGCCACAGCAAUUUCCGCGCCCUGGAGAAGUAUGGGAGGGCAACUCUGGAGAGACAAGAGCGGCCUGUGGCCACGGUCUUCACCCACACCCCCAGCCUAGACCAGCUGCUUCUCGUUUGCCACGUCACCGGCUUCUACCCCCGUCCCAUCAGCGUAGCCUGGCUGCAGGAUGGCCAUGAGGUGCCUCUGGACCCAGUGCUCAACUCCAGCACCAUCCUGCCCAAUGCUGACCUCACCUACCAACUCCGCAGCAUCCUGGCCAUGGCCCCCCGUGAUGGGCACAGCUAUGUCUGCCGUGUGCGCCACUGCAGCCUGGGCACCCACAGCCUUCUCAUCCCAUGGGAAGACCACAGCGCAGCUCCAACCAUCAGCAUCACUAUUGUAGUGCUGCUUCUUGUGGCCACAGCCUCUGUUGGGGGAUUUUGGUGGUGGAAGCACAGGAAAGUUAAUGAGGCUACUUUGGAGAUGCACGAAUUUAUCAUUUGA